UUACACAGUCAAUUUGGCCUGUGGAUUUCUGGGGAGCUGGCAUUUGUCUUUGCUUGAGAAGACACCGUGUGGUUUUGGUGGAGCCUUUUUUUGUGACUGCUGCUGUAGCCUUUUCCUGUUGAACCAUGUGUUCUGGUAGCUGUGCCAAGUGCCUGGGCAUCACCCUCAUCCCUCUGGCCAUCCUUUGCCUGCUCUGCAACAUCUUGCUCUUUUUCCCCGGAGGUUCCGUGGCCGAUAAUAAUGAUCACAUCACAGACGAGGUGUGGUACUUUGGAGGGAUCUUUGGCUCUGGCGCUUUGAUGAUUUUUCCAGCUCUCGUCUUCCUGGGUCUGAAGAACAAUGACUGCUGUGGUUGCUGUGGGAAUGAGAGUUGUGGCAAGAGAUUUGCGAUGUUCACCUCCAUCAUAUUUGCUGCCAUUGGUGUGGUGGGGGCUGGAUAUUCCUGCAUCAUAUCUGCAGUCGCCAUCCACAGGGGACCCAGAUGCUUCAAUACAGCGGGCGCCUGGACAUACCCAUUUCUAGAUGGAAACUACCUGUCCAACAACACCAUGUGGGAGGAGUGCGUAAAGCCGGAAGGUAUUGUGCCAUGGCACCUGACCCUCUUCUCCAUGCUACUGAUCAUGGGCCUGGUGCAGGUGGCCCUCUGUGGCUUCCAGGCCAUCAACGGCCUCAUCGGCACCAUCUGCGGGGACUGCUGUGGAUGCGGUGGGAGCGAGGACUGAGGAUUUUUCACAGCUGACAAAGGAGCAUCAGUUGAAGAGUUGUGUUUUACUCAUCUAUUUAUAAAGUUUUUGUUUGUGCUUUUUUAAGUGGACUUUUUGUAACUGAUUCCUAUCUUUUGCCUGAUGGAAAGUCUUAUGAUGGCAAAACAGGCCAAAAACCUGGGCGCUCACUGGUGAAUAUGUAUUUUUGCACAUUUAAACAGUUUUGCCUUCAAGAGCUACUGGGCUUAAUGUUAUUUCAAUGCUGAUAAAAUGAUGGGCUUGCUUCCCCUUCUGAAUCACAGACUUCUCAUCUCUAUUCAGUUUUAAAGGCAAGAAACAUACUAUUUUGUCAAGUGUUGUUGAGCAGGGAAGUAUGUAAUGAAAUCAUUUGAAUUUUUGUUUGAAACGUGACCAUCAUAAGGGAAAUAGUAUUGCAGUUAUAUUUAUGAUCAAAAGAAAUUCCAAUCUUUCUAGUCAGUGACUUAGUUUUUCAAAGUGUGUAGACUUUAACAGACCUUCCUCGAGAGCUUGUCAAAUAUCUCACCACCUUUUGAUAAUGUGGUGACAACUCGUCUUUACAGCAGCCUUGCCUGUUCUUCUCAGAGUAAGCGCACCAGAGCAAGCAUAUGUGUAUUAUCUUGUAUCCUGCUCUUCCCCUUCCCUCAUUCGCUUUGAGGGCUUAUGUAACUUUAUAACUUCAAUCCAAGCUGUUCUCAUUAAUAGACAAACAUGGUUUGCAUCCCUAUUUUGAGUAAACAUUCACUGUUUCCCCAAGCUGUUUCUAUGGUGCUUUUGUCAUGGAGUUUUAUGGGGGCCAUUUAUGGUCCAGUUCUGUUCUACUUUAUGGUACAUCACGCUCAGGGACAGCUGACCAGCCAUCAUUAAGCUCAGUGCUAUUUACAUAGGCCUUGGCAGGAUAGCCCACGCUCUCAUUGCCCGAUGGGUGUGGACCGAUCUGCUUUUUGAUACACAGCCUGACUGGCUUCUUUUACUAAAUGUUAUUGUUUAUUUUACAAAAAAAGCAAGCAAAUAAACAAACAAACUCAGA